AUGGCGUUCAUGCUGGGCAUGGCGGCGCAGGUUCGAGCGAGGGAAACCGUCGACGGGUACGUGGAGACGUACAUGCGACGUAACCCCGCCGCGCGCAAGGCGUUGGAGGCUGUCGUCAUGCAACUCACGGAACGCUCCGACCACCUCCGCUUCGACCACCUCGGAUUCGUCGCUUUCGGCGGUAUGGACGGACCGGGAUAUAAACCCAUCGCGGACGUGUUCACCGGCCUGGGAUGGCAGGAGCGGGACACGUUCGAGCUGGAAAAUGGCCUGGUGACCGCUCGAUGGUACCAGCCGCCGUCCGUCGACUUCCCGAUGGUGGUCGUGAGGGAGCUGAGGGUGGACCGAUUCGGCGAGGAGUGCGUCGAGGUUUGCGAAAAGUACGUCGACGACGCCAACGACGCCGGCGAGGAGACCACGCGCGCCGCGGCUCUCACCGGCGGGACGCCGUGGCGCAUCGAGCCCGGAGAGGACGACUUGGAGGUGCUCGGAUACUAUUCGCCCCUGUUGGCGUGGCAUCUCACGCACGGGUACGCGGCGCACGCGGUGGCCGCGUCGGUGUCUGGUCUCACCAAAAGUCGGAGCUCGGGUCUCGCGAAGAGCGGUGAGCGGGCGGAGACGCACUGGCACGUCGCGGGCGCGAACGCCACCGUGGAGGACGUGCGAGCGGUGUUGGAGCGGCACGGCGCGAGGAUGGAGGAUCCCGCGGUGGUCAUGUCAAGCGACGGGUCCAUGAGACGGGUAUCCACGCGCGGCGACGAGGAACGUCCGUGGGGGCAAAGUGGGUGGGGCGGGGUGCACUCAGAGAGGCGUUCGGGUUCGAUGGCGACGAGGACGACGUCGAGGGAACCGAUGGCGACGAGGACGACGUCGAGGGAACCGAUGAGGAGGAAGACGAUGACGACGGGGACCCUGAGGGACGGAUGAUGCUGGAGCAGCUCAAGCUGCUGGAGGAGGACUCGGACCUGGACGAUCCUUUGUUAACGGACGCGUGAAGACG